AUGAGCGACGAAGAAGAUACAGAUAUGCCCGACGCUGGCAAUGGGUACUAUGACGAUCGAAACGCCGGCAGUAUAUACCCUGAGGAUGUAACCGCUGGCAGCGCGUACGUCUACCCUAGCGGUCCAUACUUUGUCAAUCUAUGUGCUGGCAAUGGCUAUGGAGGCAGUAUAUACCCUGGAGAUGUAUCUGCUGGCGGAGGGUACGUCUAUCCAGGCGGUGUAUCCACUGGCGUUGGAGAAGAUGGCGCUGGAGAUGCUGGCAGUGGAUCUCCUGGCAAUGGAUACUCUAGUAAUGGACACACUGGUGACGGAAACGCUGGUGAUGAGCCUGCUAGCUUUCGAACGCCUUCGUUCGGCACGCUACCCACCUACAACACCAUCAAAGCUCCUGAAUUGCCUGAUUAUACGCGCAUACAAGGACAACUGCAUCAGACGGACUGGNGGCAGCACUCUUGGCGCUAUACGGCACGAGAAGAUAGAUCUGGCACAGGCUUCGAGGUCCGACAGAUGGCUAUCGACAACUUUGAUGACGACGAAGUUCCUGACGGGAGCAACAAAGGCUACUGGGCGCCGAAGUAUCUUCUCGGACCACCAGAUCAACAGCCUGCACGUUGGCACGCUUUGAUUGAGAGAUGGGGCUUUCCCAUGCUCGAGAAAGCUAGUUUCUUGAACUACUACCCUCCUGAUUCCAACGACUACAUGGCCCCUAUCGGGAAGUUCGCANAAGAGAGAAACCCAAACGCUGAUCCCAAUGAGCAAAUCCAUCCCGUGCUUCGAAGAGAGAUGUGGCGAGGCAUCAAUGACGCCCAGUACAAAGUCCUGAGACAAGUACUUCUUCUGGCAACCGCAUUGCUGGACGACCCGGCCACGCUGGCUAUCUUCCACGCCAUCGCGGAUGUCGAUUCAAUGGGAGAGUUCGAUGAUGAGAAUCAUGGCAAAUGCAAAGUCUUGAAUAUACCUACUACUUUGAGCAACGAACAAGAGAAGGAAGUGUACCGAAAACUGUUUGCGAUGCGAGAUUGGGUGGAAUGGCGGUUCGGUGCCCUCGAGGAUAUGAUGAGCAACCAGGCCCUUGCGUUGACUAGGCGCCGACUUGACAAGAACAACGAUAUGAUGAGAACAUCAAGAGAGUAA